AUGCACUUCCUUCACCUCCUUCCCGCCGUCUUCGCGCUCGCAGCAGCCGAAACCAAGUUCCUGCGCUUCGUCGACAUGGAGUGCCAGAGGAGCGACUUAACCUACGUCAAGGUAUCUGCGGAAGAGCAAAAGCAAAUCGUCAAGGCCAACUACGCCACUACGGGCCUUACACCAGAGGCGUCGCGCGGGCUGUACACGGCCAUUGCCGCCGACCGGUGUCCUUCCAACGCCGACGACACAUACGCAUGGGUCACCAUUCCCCAGUGGAGCGGACCCCGUGGCGGCGGCGCUAUCGCUGCCAUCUACUACAACGACACCGACACGUACCUUGCGUGCCGCUACUUGGCUGGCGUUGUCGGCAACUACGCGGGUUUCUGCCAGCCAUACACGGCUUAA